CUCUACUUCUCUAUCUCUCUCCAUCUUCUAUUUUCCAAACCUUCAAACCAUUUUUAAAUUACAAGAUUUUAAUCUUUAAUACCUCUGCACAAUGCAGUUCACUAUCUCCGCUGUCAUCCUCGCUUUGGCCGGCUUCGCCGCCGCUGCCCCUGCCGAGGCCCUGAACAACUCUGUCGAGGGCCACGAGCGUCCCCGCUUCAAGGUUCCCGAUGGAAUGACCGUCAAGGAGGCCCAGGCCAAGUGUGGUGACCAGGCUCAGCUCUCUUGCUGCAACAAGGCCACCUACGCUGGUGACACCACCGACGUCAACUCCAGCAUCCUCAGCGGCACCCUCAGCAACUUGAUCGGUGCUGGCUCCGGUGCCGAGGGUGUUGGUAUCUUCACCCAGUGCUCCAAGCUCGACGUCCAGAUCCCCAUCCUCAUCGCUGUCCCCAUCCAGGAUAUCCUCAACCAGCGCUGCAAGCAGAACAUUGCCUGCUGUGCCAACUCUCCAUCCAGCGCCAACUCCGACCUUGUCGGUGCCGGUCUUCCUUGCGUUGCCCUUGGCUCCAUCCUGUAAGCAGUUCGCUUAUUUGCGAUCGUGCUCCCUCCGGAGGAAAAGUUACAGAGGCCCUGUGGUAUACCUUUCUUUUGUUUUUGUGCUUCAUAUUUGUUCGAGAUUCAUUGCCUUAUGAUAUACCAUCAUAUACGUAAAAUUAUCUCUGCUUAAU